UCACUCCAGAGUAACAGCAGCAGUCUCCACACUCUGAGGCUGACCCACAGUGCACUUUCUCUUGCUGAAGACGGAGGGACCUUUCCCCCCUACGAGAGGAGUCCAGCCAUGGAGGAGAUGCUCACCUGCAGCCGCAGCCCUUUCUCCCAGGUGUUCGGGCGUCAGGGUCAGCUCAUGCAAGCCACCGUGCAGUCUCUGAACAGCAUUAAUGACCAGAUUGCUAGCUUCAUGGUGACUGGAGCCAAGCCCGUGGAGCCGGAUCAGCCUGUCUUUGCUCCUCCUGAGAAGGAGCCGCUGCAGAAGUCCAUGACCCUGAUGAGGCACCUCCUUGUGGAUGCACAGGCAAAAAUCCUGAAAAUGAUGGAUGACAACAAGCAGCUGGCUCAGCGCAUCGAUGGGGCCAUUCAGUCCGCCAGCCAGGAGGUGACCAACCUGCGGUCAGAGCUGAGCGCCACCAGCCGCAGACUGGCCGAGCUGGGGGCCCAUGACUCGGGCAGCAUGCUGGAGACCCUGCAGCACAACCACAACGAUCCCUCUUCUCACCCGAGGCAGAAGUCGCCGGCCACUGACCUCUGCUACAAGACUGAAAUCAGCAGUUUGAUGGACUUCAACUCCCCGGACGCUUCCCUGGACAAAGUCCUGCUGCGCGAGGAGGUGGCCCAGCUCCAGGAGGAGGUGCACCUGCUGCGGCAGAUGAAGGACAUGUUGAGUAAGGACCUGGAGGAGACCCAGGGAAGCUGCUCUGCUGACGUGCUCUCUGCCACCGAGCUCCGCGUGCAGCUGGCCCAGAAGGAGCAGGAGCUGGACCGGGCCAAGGAGGCUCUGCAAGCCAUGAAGUCGGACCGUAAGCGUCUGAAGGCAGAGAAAGCAGACCUGGUGAACCAGAUGCAGCAGCUUUAUGCCACACUGGAGAGCCGGGAGGAGCAGCUCCGUGACUUCAUCCGCAACUAUGAGCAGCACAGAAAAGAGAGUGAGGAUGCGGUGAAGGCCCUGGCCAAAGAGAAGGACCUGCUGGAGAGAGAGAAGUGGGACCUGCGGCGGCAGACGAAGGAAGCCACAGAGCACACGGGCCUGCUGCGCUCCCAGCUCGAUCUCAAGGAGAACCGCAUCAAGGAGCUGGAAGCUGAACUGGCCAUGAUGAGUAACUGUGUCAAUCAGAGAAUGGAGUUCCGGGUGUUUGAGCGUGUAUCGGACAGGGACUACUCUCCUAGGGUCAACGCGGCCAAACAGUCUCUAGCCACCCUGACCAAGGACGUGCCCAAGCGUCACUCUCUGGCUAUGCCUACGGAAACAGUUGUCAAUGGCAACAACCAGGAGUGGGUGAUGCAGGCUGAUCUUCCCCUGACAGCUGCCAUCAGACAGAGUCAGCAGACCCUCUACGUCCACACGGGGCAUCCAACUGACCGACAAGUGGCUGCCGUGCGGGUCAGCCCAUGCCACUCGCGCCAGCCGUCCAUCAUCUCCGAUGCAUCGGCAGUAGAUGGGGACCGGUCGUCCACACCCAGCGACAUCAACUCCCCACGCCACCGGACUCACUCCCUCUGCAAUUCCCUAGAAGAUCUGGAGGAGGCGAAGCGCAAGAAAAAGAAAGAGAAGAUGGGCCUGGGCUCCCUCUCACGUGUCUUUGCCCGGGGGAAGCAGCGCAAGUCCCUCGACCCUGGUUUGUUUGAUGACUCGGACAGCCUGUCCAGCCCGACCCGCCACAGCCUCAGCCUAUCAGACGGUGAGGAUCAGCUGGACCGCCUGCAGCAGGUGGAGCUGGCCCGUUCCUCGCCCAUGUCCCAGUGGAGGGCAGGCACUGUGCAGGCCUGGCUUGAGGUUGUCAUGGCGAUGCCCAUGUACAUCCGCACCUGCUCAGAAAAUGUCAAGAGUGGAAAGGUUUUACUUGGGCUGACAGAUGAAGACCUGGAGCUGGGAUUGGGUGUCAGCAGUGUAAUGCAUCGCCGGAAACUACGCCUGGCCAUUGAGGAUUACAGAGAUGCUGAGAAUGGUAGAGGGCUGUCUAAGGCUGCUGAUAUGGAUCACCACUGGGUGGCCAAGGCCUGGUUAAGUGACAUGGGCCUGCCUCAGUACUCUCAGGCCUUUCACAACCACCUGGUAGAUGGACGCCUGCUGAACUCACUGACACGUCGUGACCUCGAACGUCACCUUAACAUCACUAAGAAAUUCCACCAGAUCAGCCUGCUGCUUGGCAUCGAACUGCUGCAAUUACUCAAUUUCGACAAGGAGGCACUGCAGGCUCGCCGGAUACAGUGUGAGCAUCAGAACGUUGAUCCGUUGGUGUGGACGUCUCAUAGGGUCGUUAAAUGGAUCAAAGAUAUCGACCUGAAGGAGUUUGCAGAGAGUCUUCUCAGCAGCGGAGUUCAUGGCGCCGUCAUGGUGCUCGACCCCACUUUUAACACCGAUGCUAUGGCAACAGCACUGGGGAUCCCUAGCAACAAGCACAUGGUUCGCAGACACCUUGUGGAGGAGAUGCAAUCGCUGAUUGGCUCGGCCAGGGCAGAAGUUAAGCAGGACUACGAGCAUCUCGGCCUGGGAACACCACCAGCUCUGUUUCGGCAGAACUCCCUGGGGAGACCGCCCAGCUCCACCGGCCGACACACUGAUGAUGAAGGCUCGCUGAGGAGGAGAGCUGUCAAGCCUCCAACAGGGUUCAGUCCCAAAGCUCGCAAUGGGCGAGACUUAAGUUGCCAUAGCAGCUACGGCUCCCUGCCUAGGGAGGGCAGAGAACAAACCCCCCCCCGAUCCGAGGGAAGCCCGCUCCACGGUUACACUAGCAUCGAGGUCACCAAUGUGUGAGGUCAACAGAGUGAGACGAAACACGUCGUCAGCUUCCUCACAUCUCCAUCUACAUCAUGAACAUUUGUCAUGUGGUCCUGAACAUGGGAGGGUUACUUUUUAUAGAGAUGAAAAUAUAAAGGAAAGAUUGCACUUUUUUUAAUGGGAUGGAAUUCUUUAUCUCAAGUUUCCUGGUUCAGGAAAAAAAAACUGUGGGCAGGGGGUAUUUUGAUGUUUUUUGGGGGGAUAUUUCCUUUCUCCAACGCUAAAAAAUGAAAAAAUGAAGGACUCAAGCUCAAUGAUUAUUUUUCUAUUUUCUUGUGUAAAUGGUUCUCUGUAUCAGGAUGUGUAUUGUUGACUGUUUCUUCUGAGGGGAAUGACCUCUUAAAAAGCAAGACUGUUUGUACAAUACAGGAUACUUGAUGACAAAAAAAGGUUUCAUAUCUAUGUAAAAUUGUUCUUGUGUCAUUCAAUUCUGCUGUAUGUGAUGCCUUGUCAAUGUAGCUGAAGACAGUGGCCAAAAAAAAGCAAUUUGACUUGAAUUUUAAAUUUUAGAAUCUAGAGGUUUAUGUUUGAUACUCAUUUUUCAUCUUGCACAUUAACACAGUUGUGUCUAAACAAAUGUAGCACCCUCUUCUGAUGUUUUAUACUGUGCAGUAAACAUGGGAAAAUAUUUUAACAAUGCCAGCAAAAGAUGACUGCAGAGCUGUAUGUCCAUAGAGGCCUAAGGGCUGAAAGGUGUGAGGAUGUAAACACUAUAUGUGAAAAGUUUGAAUGAAAUAAAAAUGACAUCUUAAAUUCA